AUGGUCACCAGCCGAUGGGCGGCGAUCGACCGAAGGCAGACCCUGCGUCAAGCUGCGCGCCACUGCGACCCCGGGCCCUCGGCGACGGUCGAGCUCCUCUUCUUCAUGGGAGCACCGGGUGCAGAGGAUGAGGCGCAGGCCUGGUCAGAGGAGGUGGAGUACGGCGAUCUUGUUGAGGUGGGGGGUCCAGAUUCCGAUCCAGCCGUCGCCAGAGAUGUGACCUACGUCUUGGAGAGGCCCUGCGCGCGGACGUAUCGGCUGCUUCACGGCAGUGCGUGGCUGGCGAAGAACAGGCCCGAGCACGAUUACGUCAUGUACCUCGAUGACGACAGCUUCCUGAACAUCCCACGGCUAGUCUUCCAUUUGCAGAAUCAGCAGAGCACUUCACUUGCCAUGGGCUACAUCAUGGAGACCAGCCUUGACUGGUCUCAGAUGCAUGUUUGUGAAGUCUGCGACCCAUGCGACCGCUGCCGAAGCCAGACCGAGCUGAAAGACUUCUGCAGCCAGUUUCCGGAGCUCUCCGUCGGAGGUUGCAUGAUGGCCAUUGAGAACUGCAACAUCUUCGAUGGCACAGACGUCUCGAGCGACCAACUGCCUCGCUGCAUCCAAACGAAGCAAAGGGAGAUCGCCCGCGUGGCGAGGUACUUCGGAUCAAAGGUGGCUCCCCGCUGGUUCCUCGGAAUGGGUUGGGUCUUCGGACGCAGGAUCGUCCAGUACCUGGGUCGGAACGCCCACCGCUUGAAAGUCCGCGGCGCCGCAGACGUCUCGUUGGGCUUCUGGCUGGCACCACUGGAAGGUGUCCGCUUCGUCAGUAUGAACGAAGGCUACUUCCAUGACCAUCCUGACACCAGGAGCACUUUCUCAUCCAGCUGCACGGAUCGGACGGUGUUGGUGCACAGGAUGAACGCCAGUCGCUGGCAGACUGGGUUUCAGCCAGAGACCUGCGAGAUGCGGUGCUGA